CCUCACAGACAAUCUCACUCUCCUCUGAGCUUCACUGAACGGAUUAUUUCACUGCCAACCAAACGAGACACUACUCUCACCAGCUGUUACCUGCUGCUAUGUGUAAAGGAUUAGCAUCGCUGCCUACCUGCUGCUUGGAAAGGUACAUGCAUAUUCCAACAUGGAUGAUAGAUGAAAACUUGGAUAUUUAAGAUAGUUUUGCUGUUUUCUUUACAAUUUGUGAGCAUAUGUGAGUUUAAGAUUGCACCAGUGUCAAUUUUGCUCAAUUUAGACUUUCCUGUGUUGGAUCUUUCUGCACAGAAGCAGCUUGUUUUGCAUUAGAGUUUGAUGUAAAAGUGAUGUUAACCUGUUUCCCUUUUUUCCAACAGGGCCAAGGAGUUGAAAGCGAGGCUUGCAAGCAUAAUGCAAAAGUCAAACUGGAUCAUAUCUGGCUGCAAAAUAGGACAAAACAAGUAAGAAUGAUUAAUUUCUCUCACUGUUACAGCUCAUUUAUUUUAUUUGCAUUGCUAGUGUGUGCAUGAUUGCAAAUCUGGGUUAAAACUAAUCAGUUUUCUUCCAUUUUUAGGCCAACCCUGGAGGAAUGUCUCAAGUGGAAAGAGUCGUUUGAAAAGCUCCUGUCCAGCAAAUGUAAGUGAACAUGUCGGUUUUCACUAACACGUGUGCAGAUGCCAGUAAAUGCACGCUGUAGACACACUAAUGGGCACUUGCAUCUCCUGUGGGGUCAUUGUGCAACAUCACUAAUCAAAUUUCCUCUCUUCCUCUCUCCAGAUGGACUGUGUGCCUUCACAGCCUUCCUGGUAUCAGAGUUUAGCGAGGAGAACAUUGCUUUCUACUUUGCCUGUGAGGAUUACAGAAGUACCAAGUCUCCUGCCAAACUGCCAGCCAAAGCACAGAAGAUCUACGAUGAAUUCAUCUGCGGCGAUGCUCCCCGAGAGGUAAGGGUUCAGAUACACUCACUUCCAGCUGCCCUGCAAAACUCCACAUUUACCCACUCAUUCCAGCUGCAUCAUGUGGCAUUGUCUCAUAGAACAGAACAUCCGACUAAUCCGCAUCUGUCUCUUUGUCCCUUUUACCAGAUUAACAUCGACCACGAAACACGUGACCUCACCAAAGCCAACAUGCAGACACCGUCGACAUCCUGCUUCGAUGCAGCCCAGCACAAGAUCUACAUGCUCAUGGCCAAAGACUGCUACCCACGCUUCCUCCGCUCCCCGGCCUACAGGGAUUUAGUGUGCCAAGCCAAACCAAGCACCAAAGCUACCAAGCAGCCUCGGCAGGAGAAGAAGGCGUGAAUCCCCACCCACCCAUGAGCCGCCGACGACGGAUUGUUUGUAGUUCACCUUUAAGGGUUGAGAUGGCAAGACGGGCAUGGCAUUAAGUGCUGCAUCAUGAAGCUGGAUGCGGGUGCAGACGCAGUGCUCUUCAUGAGGGGAGCUGCGGAUUAAUAUUCUGCAGGAAGAUAAUGAAGUUUGAACGAAAUGAAAUGAAAAAAGGAGGAGAAGCUUCACUGGACGUUUGUGCGAAUGCAGAUGAAGCUCGAACAGAAAGUUAAAGACUCUGACUUUGAAGCCGGAGGACUGGAGAAGCUGGAAAGCACUUUUCUUUGCCAUGAGGCAAACUCUUUUUUUUAGCUGUGAUGUGCAAUGUUCCUUUGUUAAAGUCUUACACUGUUUGUGAACGGGUUCAUAAUGUUACUUUACAGUUUAUAUUUUAUUGUAUUUAUUUGCAAGUUAUAUUUGUCGCAUUGAUAUCAACAAAAAUGAAGGAAAAUGUGCAAUUCUAUUUAUAAAUUUCUAAUAUUUAUAUCACUGUUGACUUUUUGUACAUACCUGAAAAUGAAUUUAAUUAUUAAUAAAAUAAAGUAUUUAAAAAAUGCUUUAAA